AUGAAUUUCAUAAUAUUUCCGUUAAUUUUAACUUUUGUAUAUGCUCAACCUCCCAGGGAAAAGCUCCUGGUAGAAUUGAACCUUUCAAGACCACUUUCAAUGUUUAUAAGGACUCUUCUUCCGCCUGACAUGCCAGAUGCUCUGGAAUACGUCAUUAAAACACCCUUUAAACAUUCACAUCGUAUAGGAGCCGUUGUUGAUGCAGGUCACUUGGUCGUAGAUGCAGACGUAUCAAGUUCAAGCAGAAGCGUCCUUGUUAAGAUUAGGGACGAUGGUUCAAAAUACAUCAAAGUAACGACCACUAAAGUAGAUAGUCCCAAUACCGCCACGAUUGAGGAAUUCGUAAAGAGUCAAUCCAACCCGAACUAUAGGAAACUCUCCAGGGUACUUUACGACGUGGACCUGCUUCUCAAAAAGGGCAAUGGCAUUCUCAAAGUGAUCAAAUUCCUAAGGUCUGGGUCUCUCAGAUAUACAGUCCAAAAAAACAUGCGAGACGAUUUCACGAUCGGUCUAGUAACCUUUGGCAAGCAUAUCGUAGAUGAUAACGUCUCUGGACUGGUUUACAGAGAUGUUAUCUGGGAGGGAGGAAUGACAGAUCCACAAAUUACAAUCAGGUCACAGUAUAGAGAUGGUUCAGAGGUUGAGAUCAAGUACGAGUUUGAAAAUGAUGAGAUUUCUAGAUUCUACUGCUCUGGUAUAAGAAGGAAAUAUCCUGACCUCCAAUAG